AUGUCUCACUCACGAAACCCCUCCAAGACCGAAUUGCCCUCAAGGGAGAAGGAAGAGACCCCCGAGUCUUCUUCCGCACCUGCAAAGAAAGACAAGAAGGACAAAAAGACCAAGCCAGAGAAGCCAGUGGGAAAACCAGAGGCGAAGAUGCCACAAAACAAGGCGGGUGGCAAGAAGAAGAAGAUGGAUGGCGCAGCCUUGAUUGGCAUCGAUGUGUCUAAGGACGUGGAUUUCUCAGAAUGGUACCAACAGGUCUUGCUAAAGGGUGACAUGUUGGACUACUACGAUAUCUCCGGUUGCUACAUCCUCAAGCCCGCCUCACAGUUCGUCUGGGAUGAAGUCCGUGCCUGGUUCGACUUGAGAAUCAAGAGACUGGGAGUCAAAAACUGCUCUUUCCCGCUCUUCGUGUCGGAAGAUGUGUUGAAUCGAGAGAAAGCUCAUAUUGAAGGCUUCGCGGCUGAAGUGGCAUGGGUCACUCAUGGAGGGAGCACCAAGUUGGAGAAGAAGAUUGCGAUUCGCCCUACAUCCGAAACAGUCAUGUAUCCAUACUAUGCGAAGUGGAUUCAGAGUUACCGCGAUUUGCCUCUCAAGCUCAACCAGUGGAAUUCAGUUGUGCGAUGGGAAUUCAAGCAUCCUCAACCAUUUUUGCGUACCAGAGAGUUCCAUUGGCAAGAGGGCCAUACUGCACAUAUGACAGAGGGAGAAGCUGGCAAGGAAGUCUUGGAAAUUCUUGACCUCUACGCUCAGAUUUAUGAAGAACUGCUGGCAGUUCCGGUCAUCAAGGGGCGAAAGACUGAGAAGGAGAAGUUUGCGGGAGGUUACUACACUACAACAGUCGAAGGAUACAUCCCUGCCACGGGCCGUGGGAUCCAAGGAGGUACCUCUCACUGUCUCGGUCAAAACUUCAGCAAGAUGUUUGGCAUUACGGUGCAAGAUCCAAAUGCACAGACGGAAGAGGAGAAAAAGGUGGGUCUGCACGUUUGGCAGAACUCUUGGGGUCUGUCCACUCGAGUGAUCGGAGUGAUGGUGAUGAUCCAUGGAGAUGAUCGGGGUCUGGUGAUGCCACCGCGGGUCGUUGAGAUCCAAGUGGUCAUUGUUCCAGUGGGAGUGACCGCUAAAAUGGCGGAAGAGGACAAGGAAGCACUGUACAAGGAGAUUGAAGGAUUGAAGGAGGUGCUCAAGGCUGUCGAUGUGCGUGUGGAGGCUGAUUUCCGCGAGGGAUACUCUCCAGGAUGGAAAUUCAACGACUGGGAGCUCAAGGGUGUUCCACUUCGACUUGAGUUUGGACCCGGUGAGAGCAAAGGCCAUUUCGUCACUACGUCGCGACGAGACCUUCCCAAGGAAGAGAGCAAGAGCCAGAUCGCCAUCAGUGAGCUCAACACGGCGGUUCCGGCAUUGUUGGACACGAUUCAGAAGGAUCUCUAUGAUCGAGCGGAUGCCAAGUACAAAUCACACAUCAAGCGCAUCAAUGACUGGGACGAGUUUGUGCCAGCACUGAAUGCGAAGAAUGUGUGUCUGCUCAAGCACUGUCUCACUGAAGCAUGUGAGGACCAGAUCAAAGAACAAAGUGCACGGACCGCGGAGGAGCAGAGCGGAGUUCCACAAGACGAAAGAGCACCCAGCAUGGGGGCGAAGAGCUUGUGUAUUCCAUUCGACCAGCCCGACGGAAUCGAGAAGGGAGUGACAGCUUGCGGGAACCCGAAAUGCUCGAAUAAGGCAGAGGCGUGGUGUUUGUUCGGCCGUUCGUACUAG